UUGAAGGGAAGGAAGAGACACUGGAUCGGUCGCAGGGGUGCUAACAGGAAGUGAGCGGCAGCUUCAGCUUCUCCUGCAGCUGGGGGUGUGUGUUUGAGCAAGUCUAAGGAAGGAGGGACCCCCUCCCGCCCCCUUUCGCCCUGGAGAAGCCGAGUUGCACCUUGUAGCCCUUAGCAGGGGGUUUGCUGCGGGGCCAGAAGAUGGAGGAAGGUACUGUAGAGUUGAGGCAACGGAAGAAGCCAGAUGCCCCUGAAGCUGAGGAUAGAGCUCCAGAAAAGGCAAACGAAGAAUGCCAGAACCCCAAAAAAUCUCCAAGAUAUGUUUUAAUUCCACGGUUUGCAAAACUUUUCUUCGGCUGCAUUGCAGCCAUUGUCAGUGGCAUGAUGUACGCCAUGUACCUUUCAACAUAUCACGAACGCAAAUUUUGGUUCUCCAGCAGGCCGGAGCUUGAGCGAGAAAUCACCUUUCAGGGCGAUAGUGCUGUUUAUUACUCAUUUUAUAAAGAAUUGUUAAAGGCACCUUCCUUUGAAAGAGGUGUGUAUGAUCUUACCCGGGACAACAGAACUCUGUCACUGAAGACCAUGAAUGCAGUGCAGAAAAUGACUUUAUAUCCUGAGUUGAUUGCCAGUGCAUUAUAUCAAGCAUCUGGCAGUGAGGAAGUUAUAGAGCCAGUGUACUUUUACAUUGGCAUAGUUUUUGGACUGCAGGGGAUUUAUGUCACUGCACUGUUUGUAACCAGCUGGCUGAUGAGUGGAACUUGGCUGGCAGGAAUGCUAACAGUCGCCUGGUUCAUUAUUAACAGGGCAGAUACAACUAGAAUAGACUACUCAAUUCCAUUAAGGGAAAAUUGGGCACUUCCAUAUUUUGCAUGUCAGGUUGCAGCUCUUACAGGCUACUUAAAGAGCAGCACCAAUUCUUCUGCUGAGAGAUUUUCCUACCUGUUGGUGAGCGCUUCAACAUACACUUUUAUGAUGAUGUGGGAAUACAGUCACUAUCUAUUGUUCAUCCAGGCUGUUUGUCUCUUCCUGCUAGACACCGUAGCACUUGCGCAGACAGAAAAGGUCCACGAGGUUUACAAAAUCUACUUAUUUUCUAUCUUCCUGGGCUACGUUUUGCAAUUUGAGAAUUCAGUUUUAUUGGUAUCUCCACUGCUGAGCCUUGUAGCAGCUGUACUGCUUGCAAAAUGCCUCCAGAUGAAUACCAAAAAGGGGACGCUUUUUUCCAGGAUGCUGAAAGUGUUUUAUUUUUAUUUGGUGUCCACAAUAACGGUGACUUUGAACCUUGUAGUGAAGACAUUUGUUCCUCAUAAAGAAAAUGAGCAUUUAAUUAAAGUUCUUGAAAUAAAACUGGGUUUAAACAAAACAAAGAACUUCACAAUGAACUGGCUGCUUUGUCAAGAGUCGCUUCAGACCCCGUCCCAAGACUUCUUUCUGCGGCUCACUCAGUCUUCACUGUUGCCUUUCUAUGUUUUAGUGCUCGCCAUUUGCCUUUUCUCUGUAGGUCAGGUCAUUUUUAGCAGAAGUAGUAGCGAACUGAUCAGUGAGUCAUCUACCCUUGAGAAUGGAAGGAUUGGAGAAAGGCCGGAAGUUGUCUAUCAUGUACUGCACACAAUUUCACUGGGGUCACUAACAAUGAUGAUGGAAGGAAUGAAGUAUCUGUGGACACCUUACGUUUGCAUGCUUGCGGCAUUUGGAGUGUGCUCUCCUGAGCUCUGGAUGACCCUUUUCAAAUGGAUGCGACUGAAAGCUGUGCACCCCAUCCUGCUGGCUCUAAUCCUGAGUAUGGCUGUUCCUACUAUCAUAGGCUUCAGCCUGUGGAAAGAGUUUUUUCCUAGGAUAAUGGCUGAACUUUCAGAACUGCAAGAAUUUUAUGACCCCGAUACAGUAGGACUCAUGACCUGGAUAAAGAGGCAGGCGCCUAUUGCCGCUGUGUUUGCUGGCAGCCCACAGCUCAUGGGUGCCAUCAAGCUGUGCACUGGAUGGAUGGUGACCAAUCUGCCUGUGUACAGUGACGAAGACCUACACAAAAGAAAUGAGAAUAUUUUCCAGAUCUAUUCCAAAAGAUCAGCUGAAGAUAUUUAUAAGAUACUGACAUCAUACAAAGCAACCUACCUGGUUAUAGAGGAUUCAAUUUGCAAUGAAGUUGGGCCAGUGAGAGGAUGCAGGAUCAAAGACCUAGUGGAUAUUGCUAAUGGGCAUGUGUAUUGUGAAGAAAGUGACAGCUAUGGCUAUUCAAAAUAUGGCCGUUUUUGUCAGGAGAUUAAAAUGAACUAUUCUCCAUACGUGAAUUACUUCACUCGAGUAUACUGGAACCGGUCCUACUUUGUAUAUAAAAUCAACACUGUGAUAUCCUUCCAGUCCUGAGAAGUCGUGGAGACCUUCUGUUUGAAGACUGACUUUAGGGGACAAAAUUCUUAAACAGGAUGAGGUCAUUUUACAAAGUGUUCUUUUAUCUACAUUGUGUGUACAGCAAAUAGAGACACACUCACAUCAAGUGAGAACAUGCAAAUGCCUACAAGUUGACCCAACUGGAAUGCUGUAGACUGAGUGUAGUACAGCAAGAUGGAGAAAUGUGCUCCAGGGCCUUGGAAAAUACUGAUCAAUCUUGCAAGAGACAACAGUCUUCCACAUUUUUAAAUACCUCUUACCACUUCCUUUGUUGUAAUAAUCUUAUUUUUGUGUGAGUUGUUGCUCUGUUUUCAAUAUUACAGCAAUUAACUGACAGCAAAUUAUCUAGACUUGUUUAAUCUGGACAAUGCAAAACAAGUGACAUGUAAACACACUGGGCAUGAUCCUGACACUAUGCACAUAUAUCUGGAGGCCUUUGUUGUGUGUGUGUUGGGGGGGAGUGUCUCUUUUUGCAACUACUCUCAAGCUUCCACUAAACUGCUUUUUAAAAUUAGGGAAGUAUAUAAAAGCUCCUUGGCUUUGAUAGGGGUGGUGGAUGAUGCUAACUGAGGUCAUGGUAGAAGCAGAUGGGCCCACACCUUCUCUUAUACUAGCUUUUCAUAGUUAUGACUGGUGGCUGUGGUCUACUUGCUGUUCAAGAUGCUGCCAGCUCUCAUGGGUUUUUAAUGGAGUGUGAUUGUAUCCUAUGAAAGAAACAGAUUAUGCAUCUUUUUAAUAUAAAAAUAUCCUCAGAAACAUCUGGCAAAUGUCUUUUUAUAUGAAUAGUUCUGUUGGAUGUCUGUUUUUGGAGACCAGCAAGUUCUAAUAAAUAGAUAACUCAUUCUCCAAGCAAACGGAGGGCUUAGAUUUUUGUUGAUUUUAGCCACUUCAUGGAAAACUUCAUGGCCUGCUUAGCCAGAUCUACUGGCAUUUACUAUUUUGCCCAGUUAGCCUUGCUAAAAUAUUUUUUGGCAAAUUGGGGUUUUAAAAUCCACACACUGCAAAUCAAGCUAAUAACUGCAUUCUUGGUUUUUUUAAUAUAUAUAUAUAUUGAUUUGGAAUCUUCAUCUGUUUCUUAUUCCCUUUAUCCUGAUUGUGCGACCUUUAUUUUUCCUUCUGAGCUUGUUACAGUAGUCCUUAAACAAACUGAAGGGUUUUUACUUUAAGAGGAGGCUUUGAAAACAUUCCCUGGCUACCUGCGGAAGGCAUUUUAUCCAAAGACUACAACUGUUCUCACUUUACACAUCUGCCAUGCAUAAAGGAGAGAUGAGCCAGGGAUAGCAAAUACAUAAACACACACAAUUGAGUUUGUGUACUUCUAUCACAUGCAUUUUUACGUAGUGUUCGUUGGCUGAUCAGUGGUGGUUGUAUAUGCCGGUCAAACAACUUGGAUGCAAGAUUUUAAAAAAUAUGUCACGGUUGUGUGUCUGAUCGUUUGUUUUAAUUGUUGUUAAAUUGAGCUUGAAGAACUCUCCACUUUGGUCGGAUGGGGACUAGCCCAAAACACUCCAUAGAGUUUUAAUCAUAGUGGGGUUGUGAUUAGCCUAAGAACCGAAGUAGCUUUUGAGAUGCAUUUGUUUCAGUAAGGUCUGUGUGUGUGUGUUAUGUGCUAAACCUUUCGGACUAUUCCAGUGCGUUUCUGCCUCUGCACUGAAUGGCUUUUGUUGCUGUGGUAAAGUAUAGCAGAUAUGGUUUAUUUUGGUGCUGUAAGGGAAAUUUUAACCUUUUACCUAUAAUAGUAAGGCAUACUGAUGUAAAUGGUUGCUUUUUGACAGUUUAUGAUUAGUCCUCCAAAAUCCCCAUCAAUCAGGAACUUCUGCUGGGCAACCCCCCUUUUAUUUCCAUGAGUCCCCAGCGGCAUGCUGCUGUGAUUAGCAACUAUACGUUGGUACCCUGUGCAUCAGUUUCUAGUCCCUCAUUCAUAACUGCUGCAUUUACGGGUUAGCAGUCAUUGACUUUGCUAUACCUUCUUUCAGAAUCCAGUAUUUAUUUCAGCUCCUAAAAAGGACUUCAUUUUUUUAGUAUUACUUCAGUGAUGAAUAUGGGUCUUUUGCAGAUUUUACAUAACAGUUAUGUGGGAACCACAGAGAACCAUUUUACACACAGAAGAUAAAUAUUUUUUCCUGGUUUGGUUGUUCCAUUUUAUCUCAUUUGAGCUGUAGUGUAAUGCUUGAGCUUAAUCUUCAUGUCUGUAGUGAUCUUUACAGACUGCAUCUCAUGUAUUUUUUUUUAAUUUUUUGCUGUAGAACUGAAAUCUGGAGGAUUUCAAGGUUGUGUUCAGCUUUGGAGAGUUAUUAUGGAGUUGUUUGACUUUCCAGAAAACAUAUUCAUGUGAGGGAGAAAAGAUGGGCCUAUCAGGGUUGCUAGCUACAGAGUAAGGAUUUUUGAAAUAAUGCUACUAUUUAUGUCUCUUAAGAGCAACUGAAGCAGAAUAUAACAUGGCAGAUCUCUUUUGCUGGCUGUUGAGUAGCCAGAAAUGGGGGAGAAGGGUGUGUUUGGGAUUUGAUCACUUCUGUCAAAUACCACAGUUUUCCUGAUGUUCCCUGAAGACUUUAGAGGUAUUGUAAUGUAGAAAUUUUGUAAGCAGCACCCUAAGUUAGAAAUUUAUCAUACAUUUUAUGUUUCUGAUAAAAGAGAAAUGAGUGUAAUACUAAGCAAAAGAUUGACACAUUCACACCCCCUGCUGUUGAUGUUGUAAUCCAUUUGGAAAAUGUGCCUUGGGGAAUUUUUAAUUAAAGAAACAAGCAAAAACCUUCA